CCUGUGCGAAAGCCGCAAAAGGAGGGAAAAAACCAAAACCUCCUUGGACAAAACUGACAAAUCGACAAAACGCGUGGUGUGUGUUUUGUUGUAUUUUGUGGUGUUUAGUGUGCGUAGCGUGAUCGGUGUGUUGUCGCUGGGUAGACUGGAUUUCUGCGCUGCAGUUGAUGGAGCAUGUGCCCGUGGCAGCUAUUUCAACAGAUGAAACUUUUAAUGGACUUGCUUGGUUUAGUGAGACGUUCACGAUAUCAACGACGGUUGCCGAAAGCUGGGAGUGAAGAACUGUUGUGACGGCCAGCUGUUGGUCACUAUUGUAUGUUCUCUGCAAUCGUGGACCGAAAAUGACUCGAGUUACAAAUUCCCGUCGAAACUUUGCAAAGUCGGGUGCAAGCAAAGCUGUGAUACCGACAGAUGACAGGGCAGGACUGAACCAGGAGGGGCCCUCUAGUCUAGCACGCCACAUCCAGCUGCCUGAGCUGCCCGUGGAUGGUGAUCUUGCGUUUGAGGCACAAGCAGCGCUCUUUGCUGUGGUGCUGCUGGUGUGCCAGCAACUGCAGCUGCACCGAGCCGCCUGGUGGCUGCCACAUGCACACCAAGACCAGGCACUGCACUAUGAACUGGUGGAGCCGCACGCGGCUGCUCUGAGCCUAGCGAUCAUGUGCCACCCGCUGCCGGCGGCCUUUGCCCAGCGAGUGCUGGCUGCUUUGCUGCCAAUCAGCUGGGAGCCCCGUGCGACAGCCGUGUGCCGAGGGGCCACAUUGAUGGCCACUGCAGGGCUUGUGGCUUGGGCAGCCUUCCACGUGUGCUGCAAGCAUGGCGUUUUCAGUGUCCUGUGCCUUGCCUACCCGGGGGUUAUUCACGUAGUGCUGUUUGGGCCCCGGCCAGGACUAAUACGCGAAUGGCCUAUGCCUGUGGCACACGUGUGUUCCUCUGUGCCAGCUGAAGUGAGGGCCGAGGUGGAGCGCCACAAGCAUGACUUCAAUGAGCGACUCAAGCGGUGUCUCUUCCAGGCACUGCUAGUGACGUACUAUGCGGCCCUGCAGCCGUGCUGCUUUGUGCCGCCAUCUCUGCAUCUGGAGCCCUGGGCACUUGCCCAGCACGGCUUGCUGGCUUGGCUGGCUGCUUUGACGCUGCAUGCUUCACGCCUGUUCCCACCACGUUACCUGGAUUCACUGCACAGGGCCGCACUGCACCUCGGACGCUGGCGCCGCCUUGAGGCUCGUCAUGUCCAUGCCCCACAUCAUCUGUGGUCCGACACAGUGCUGUGGCCCCAGAAUAACCUGGUGAAGCACAGUCGUGAGUUCUUCCGGGCAGAGGGGGUCAGCAACGCUGCGGAGCCGGGCCACCCAUGGCAUGGCCGUUUCUAUGGUCUGUUCCGAAGUCCCGCUGUGGUGGUCGGGGGAGCACUUGCACUACAGGCAGCUCAGCUGCUGUUCUUGCUUUACCUUCUGGCUAGUUCGUCGGAGUGGCAUCGGCUGCUUACAGCCAGUCUGCUCGUGUUGCUCAAUGCACUGACCCUCUUCAAACUAGCGCGUCAGUAUCUAGUCCUUGACAAAGUCUAUCAUGCGGAGCGCCUGCUGCACGAGCGACUUGCGUCCUGAGUUCGUCCCUCAGUUAGGUUGGUUCCUAGUUCUGCUUCUGGCGGACCACGACCCAAGCUUGUCUUGCAUUACUUGGUUGACCCGCAAUCUCUCAGAAUGGUGAAUGCAUGCAGCAAGUGAGCGCUGCCUGUGUUUGCGGUAAGAGUGCACAUACAUGCGUUCUUACUGUAGGUUCUGGUCCAAGUGAAAGUCGAAAAUACUUAGUCAAGCUGAAGACUAAGAGAUGCUUACAGACAAAGCAGUGAGAAGACACCGCAGUACCUAUGCAGGAGCCGUGUAAAGCAGAAGACACAAGGUACAAAUGACUUAUUCUACGAAAUGCAUCCCACGAGGCCUGAGAAGAUUGCAUCGGGCUCUAGCAGUCAGAUAUGUUGCACAUUUUAUUGGCUGCCAUGUUGUACCUUGUGUGUCCUGCUCAGUGUUGCCAGUGGAGCUCGUACGUAUGGCCAUCCUGACCCAGGUUGAAGCAAAUGCUAAAACACAUGUGUAUGCAACAUGAGGCUGUUUUUAUCAGAAAUACACUGCCCUAAGCUCUUCAAGAUCUCAAGCUCUGGUGCAGUGGCAAAAAUCACAGAAACCAAAGCUUGUAUUCAUGUAGCACUUCAUCAAACAGAGCGCUUCACAGGAACAGGCACUGCAUAAUGAUGACGACAAACAGAAAAUUAGCAAAGGUUGUCCAAUCUAUGAAAAACUGCUCUUGUGAUUGAAAAGAUUUGUGAAUUCAGGCUCAAGUUUAUUUUCAUGUGCAUUUGUUAAGUCUUGCUCAAUUAGGUAUGGAGCCCAAAGCCAGCUUAUAGCUUGCUCAUUGCCCAACAUGGCAAAUGGUACUUUAUGCAAGGUUUCUCUUAAGUUAAAUGUCAUUUGAAGGGACACUGAUGAUACACAUUAGGCUGCUGCUUCAAGUUGUCUUAUCAAGAACAGGACUUUAGUGAAAAAAAUAGGAUAAACAUUUGACGGUAUUGCCACUGCCGCAGUGAAAAUGUGUUACUGACUUUCAAGAUGUAGCAUGUCCCAUUUAUACCUGGCAAAUUGUAAACACUCACUGACAAUGAUAAAGGUGCAUAGAAUUUCAGUGUGAAAGAAAAUGCAGUUCUGGCACUUUUGUUGGAUGUUGCUCAUUCAUUUGUUCAUUGUCCAUUUUGUGAUUUAGUUCAUUGCUCAUUCCCAUCAUCUCUUUGUUGAUGUUGUUUUCUUCUUGAGGUUCAAUCAUGUUUAGCACUUGUAUUCAUUCCAUUCUGCAUUAGUGAAGAUGUGGACAACCAUUCCCGGACGCCUUUGUUGACCUUGUACAUUUGCUGGGCUUUCUUAGUUCAUGGUUGGAAAUAAAAUUUUAUUAUGUAACGACAUUCAUAAUGACAAAAUGUGCAUUUUUUAAAAAGAAGAACCUGUGCCAUUGAUUACCUAGAUUAAAGAAGGAUUACGAUGAAAGGCAGCAGUGUACAGUGUACCUUAUGGCUUUAGGGUGACGUACAAAUCAUGAAAAAUUUGUCCCACCUCAAGCUAAAUUUGGUGUCCAGAGUGAUUCCAAAAUUCACUGAAAUCACACACAAAAUUAUUUUCCAAAAGAUUAUUUUGUAAUUGCCUAUUCACAGCUUUGCAGGGUCUACGAGAUAACCACAACAUAAGCGUAGUGCAUAUACUACUUAGUGUAUACAAUUAGCUUGUAUAGUGACCUACACUUUUAUUUUAUCUUUAAAAGAAGGUUUUGCACUUUUUGCUUAUUUUUGCUCAGAUUUUGCAUCAAGAUUGCUUUUUUUGGUCCUUGUUCUGCAAAACACUCAGUGUCUUUACUUGCCUGGUUCAUCUGUGAAAGGUAAAAAACAACAUUGUUUCCAAACCUUGCCAUUGGAGGAACAGGCUGCUUGCUCACAGAGACAUGCAGUGGUUCAAUGCUCAUCUACAAAUAAAUGUCUGGGCAAGCCUGGCAGACAAUGAUGCUAACUAUUUUAUCGUUUCCGACCAAUAGAUGUGAUCAUGUUGCUAAAUUUGGGCAAAGGCAAAGCAGCUGUGCACAAAAUUUUGUUUUGAAAUUGUUGGAAUAAAAACGGUUGCAACAAAGGCUAGUGCAUAGCCUCACACUUCUGUAGAGUUAGGCAGUUUUGAGCAAUCACAGAUGGACGCACUGGGAUUUUGUACUAAGUUGCACAUGAAUACCGUGGUGUGUGGCAGUAUGCUUCAGUUACUUUUCUGUGCUGCUUGAGCAUGUCAUCACCAAUAUAUUAGGGCACUGGUUACAGUUUCCUUUCAUGUGUUUAGACAUGCUCAAACACAGAUUACAUUGCAUUUGUUGGGCACUGACUGGGUGAUUUCUGCUAUGUUGCGCAUUCAAAAAUGUCACAUUGAGAUACUGAUGGCCAUAUACAAUGUUGCUUAAAAAAGAUUGCUGCAGAGAAUUCUGUGCUUGUGUAGUCUUCUUCCUCAAAACAUUUUCAUUUGUUGCCUUAUGACUAAACCUAUCACUCCCAUUAAGUACGAUGGCUUGGUGAGUGCCAGCAUGAUGUCAAACAGUCUGAUGUCUCAGCCCUUACUCAGUCUGAUGAAGGUUGUCAGUCAGUUUAUUGAAGGUGAUGUAUUUAUUACUGCAGCCGUUGAACACUACAAUAAAAUAUGUUUAUGGAAGAA